AUGCUUAUGUACCCUUCUGUACGUAAGGGUCUCAUCACUGAACCAACUUCUGCACGUUUUGCCCACCAGCAGGACCCCGUUUGCAUACAAGACGAUCAGUUCAUCCCAGACUUCUCUCAACAAGACCCUUCACUGCAGUGUUUCUACCAAGAACAGCCUCGACUGCAGUCUCCCUUUCAGUAUCAACCUACUUUCGACUUUGUCUCUCCGCCCUCUUCCGCUCCCUCGUCACCUUCCUCCUCUCCCGCCUCUACCUUUUCCCACCUUCCCGCGACGGCAGUCGCGCAAUACUCGCCUGCCGUCGUAGACGGCAGUUCCUUCGAGGCUCCUUCGAUGACACCUGCUUCAUCGUACAACCCGUCGAUUCAUAUUCAGCAUUCGACUUCACCUCAAACUUCCAACCCAUACCUGCCACAAUACCAACCGCAAUAUCUCUACAGCAACCACCAUAACAGCAACCCCAUGUUGGCGCAACAUACUGUCGCAAAUAACCACGGUUGGGAAGGCAACCUGCAGCUCUUGAGUCCAGCUCGCAUUUCAAACGGUCUUUCCCGGACCUCAUAUCAAGACUCGCAGCUACAGACCUCUCCUGCCUCCAGCAAAUCUGCACCAGCAGGAAGUGUGCAACGGUCCAACAACGGUAGCCUGGCAAAGCCUCUGCCUACUCCUGUCCAGACUCCUGUGCAGAACUCUUUCCUCGCCACGCCUUUCCAGAACUACGAUCCAUCCGCACAUGAUGCUAGUCAGGCCGAGGCAGAAGCGGCUAUGAGACGGGCUGUGAUGGAGCAGCAGCAGCAAAACAACCAGCAGCAACAAUCACAAAACCAAUCAAGUGACUACUCACUGGCUCCCUCCGUUUCUACCGUGAGUCACAACUCGCCGGUGACCCCGCAGACAAGCUUUGACGAGAUCGACGAUGCAUCGAAGGCGAUGGCUAAUGACUACGGUAACCACAAUGGUAACAAUAUGACCAUCGGCAUUCCCAAGCUCAAUCGCACAAUCUCCGACAUCUACCAAGAUGAGCUAUACAACCCUGCCAUCAUGCCAGCACCACAGGUCCCAAAGCAACCCUCGUCCACCAACCAGCAUUACCGCAGCGUCUUUGCAGAUCGUCUGCAAGCUGCCAAUCAGGGUCACCUCUCUGCACGGUCUCAGUCUCCCGCGGUCAAUCUGAACCGUGACCGGUCGCCCUUCCGACAGAAUUCACCUAUGGCGGCCGAGUUCAGCAAUGUUGCUCAACUGGCCACCAGCGUGCCUAUGCCUCAAAGUGCCAUGAAUUUGGGACAGUCGCAGACAGAGCCCAAGACCAUGUCUCCCAAGGAUGCGGUUCUUGAUUUCAAUGAGACUGAAGAUGCUAGCAUGCCGCCAUUGUUCCCUUCGAGUCAACCUGAUUUCAAUCUCAGUGAUGCUUUGGGCUUGCGACGUGAGAGCAGCUCUUCAUUACGACAGGCACAAAACUUUCCAUCGAUGGAUUCGUUCCCCAGCCAGUUCAACACACAGACCAGCUCUCUCUCACAACAGUAUCCAUUCGUCCAGCAACAGCAGAACCACCGCCAGCCGCAGCACCAGCAGCAGCAAAACAGUUUGCUUCACCAUACACCCGAGUUUCCUGCCUCUCUUCCGCACCUUGACUCUACUGGGAGCGAGGUCAUUCAAAAUGAUAUGACUUCGCCUCAAUCCAACAUGAACAUUAUACCGCUUAAACAAGAGAUUACUCGGCCAGACAAUACAUCUACAGAUGGUGGCACCUACACCUGCACCUAUCACGGCUGCACUCUACGGUUUGAGACGCCGGCUAAGCUCCAGAAGCACAAGCGAGAGGCUCAUCGCCAGACUACCCCUGGCGGUCAUCUCGUUAGCCGCGAUCACUCGGCACGGAACUCUCAGGCUGGCCCCCACAAAUGUGAGCGGAUCAACCCUUCUACUGGGAAACCCUGCAAUUCGGUCUUCUCGCGACCGUAUGAUCUUACGCGGCACGAGGACACGAUCCACAACGCCCGUAAGCAGAAGGUCCGAUGUCAUCUGUGCACGGAGGAGAAGACCUUCUCGCGCAAUGAUGCGCUGACCCGGCACAUGCGGGUGGUCCAUCCUGAAGUCGAUUGGCCCGGUAAGCAGCGGCGCAGGGGCCGUGAAUGA